AUGGAGAAGAGCCCGGGUCUGCCACCGGUAGAAGAAGAAGAGAUGGGUGUCAUGGGCCUCACCGAAGUCGAUCCUUCGCCCGUUGACACACCAGAAGAGUUGAAAGUAAAUCAAUAUUUCCCGGUUCCGGAUGAGGAACGGCCUGAGAAAGAGACGGAGGAGAUGAGAGGCAUAAGGAGGAUGAACACUUUGGGAUUGAGGUUAGGUGAUCAUGGACCCGCUUGGUGGCUCCUCCGCAUACAAAAGUACUCCUCCUACACCUUCACAGCCUUCGCCGCCCUCCACAUAACAAACGUCUCCAUAAUACCGCUCGCCACACGCUCUGUCCUCGAAUCAAACCGCUACCUCCUGCUCACACGACCAUACUACCAAUCUGCUCUCACCGAACCCCUCCUCGUUGGCCUCCCCCUCGUCGCACACGUCACAUCUGGAAUCGCACUACGACUAUGGAGAAGGCGACAAGCGCUGAAAAGAUACGGUGCUGAAACACGGACUGAUAAGCGCACGAUUCCAUGGCCGGCAUUGAGUGGCACGAGUGCCUUGGGUUAUGCUUUGGUGCCUUUUGCUAGCUUCCAUAUCUGGACUACGAGAAUUCUUCCGUUGUAUGCGCAUGGUGACUCUUCGCUGAUUAACCUGCAAUACAUCUCCCAUGGCUUCGCACUACACCCCGCUGUUUCCUUCACCGGUUUCACAGCACUGGUAGGAGUCGGGGUGUGGCAUUUCGUCUGGGGCGCAGCAAAAUGGUUGGGCUUUGCACCCAGCCAGGUCAAGCACACGGAAGAGAACAGAGCUCUGAUCCGGAAGAGGAGAUGGUACACUAUCAACGGCAUUAGCGCAGCUCUGACAGCACUAUGGCUUGCGGGUGGUUUGGGUGUCGUUGGACGAGACGGCAAGAUGGUGGGCUGGAUAGGCAAAGAGUAUGAUGAGUUGUACAAGUAUCUUCCGAUCGUUGGACGAUGGGUAGGACAAUAA